AUGCGCACCGAACGUCUCUCUUAUUAAUAAUAAAAUAAAAAUCUGUUUAUUGUGUUAUUUAUUAACAAGUGAUAGAGUUCAAUAUACAAUGAAUAUAAUUUUACUGAUAGCCGCUGUGACAACCAGUUUACAGGCUGUACGAGGACAAUUAUCCUGUUAUACUCCCAGCGGCGGAAAGGGACAAUGCGUAUCUUUAUUGGACUGUCCUGCUCUCGUUGUCGUAAUAAAUAAAGAGAAUAGAACAGAAGAAGACGUACAGUUCUUAAGGAAAUCAAAGUGCGGCUACGAGGGCCAAAUACCAAAGGUAUGCUGUCCAGAGAACUGUAUGACACCCGAGGGGGAACUUGGCAGAUGCAUCAGUAUAUAUUCUUGUCCACGCCUUGCCGAGAUGACUAAAAACGCAUCUGAGCAAAACAUGCAAUAUUUACAAAAUUCUAAAUGCGCCGGUACAGAUAAAUAUAGCGUUUGUUGCGAAAUUGAAAUUGGCAAUUGCAAGAACAGAAUAAACUCGUUUCCUCCAGACCCAGCGACUAGAUGCUGUGGCAUAAGUGGUGCAGCUGGUAACAAGAUUAUUCCGGGUGUAGAAGCAGCUAUAGACGACUACCCAUGGCUGGCAAUUAUUGAACACAUAAAAGAUGGCGCCAUCAAAACAUUAUGCACCGGAGUACUCAUUAGUGCCAAAUAUGUAUUGACCGCAGCUCACUGCGUCACUGGACCAGUAUUAGAUGUUGGAACUCCAAAAAAUAUCCGCCUUGGAGAAUACGAUGUGAGCAAUGACGGGCUAGACUGUGUGUUUGAUGUAGGUGGUGGUACGGACUGUUCUGAUCCUCCUGUAACCAUUCCCAUAGAUGUCAUCAUUGCGCAUCCUCAAUAUGAUAUCGCCAAUAAGAAGAACGAUAUAGCUUUGAUUAGGAUGAGAGAAAAUGCACCUUACACAGAUUUCAUUCAACCCAUUUGCCUUCCAACUACGGAUGUUACUGCAUCACUUCCGGAUGGUGAUAGGCAUUUUAGAUUUACUAUAGCAGGAUGGAGGACAGUAAACAAGACAGCUAACAUAGGCAAUACCGUACAUCAAGCGUUUGUUCCGCACGUUAACAAUACGGAGUGUGAACAACUACACAAUCAAAAAGGCAAUAUCAGCUUAUGGGACAAGCAGCUAUGUGCAGGUGGUAUGAAUGAUGAGUGCUUCUGCAAGGGAGACACUGAGGGCCCCCUCAUGUCUGUUAACUUACGAGUCCACUCGUAUGAACUCAUUGGAAUUUGGAACUUCGGUCUAGGUUCUUGUACAGUUGACAAAAUCCCGAGAGUGUACACGAAAAUUUAUGAAUAUAACACUUGGAUACGUAACACGAUAAAGCCUUAAUAAAUUUUCCAAUAAUUACUGACAACAAUGUAGCUAGAUCACUAUCUACGCCUAAUGGCACAAGAAAUAUGUUAUUUAUUGUAAAACCUUUGGUACCUGUACCUGUACUAAUAUAAACCUGAAGUAUAAGAACAAUAAUAAUAAAGAGAGUAAACGUAAUUAAUAAUUACUUAAUUAAAAACGAUUAUAUUAGAAAUGA